AUGAGCCAUGAAAUUGCAGAACGCCCAUGGGAGAAGAUUGGUACAGAUUUGUACACCAUCAAUGGCCAGGACUACCUGAUCGUUGUUGACUAUUUCUCAAAUUUCUGGGAAAUCGACCACCUUCCUAACACAACAGCCAGCACUGUCAUAAAGAAGCUGAAAUGCCACUUUGCGAGACAAGGCAUACCAGACAUCGUCAUAAGUGACAAUGGCCCACAAUUUGCUUGCGAGAAAUUCAGUAACUUUGCCAAGGAAUGGGGUUUUGAGCACCAACCAGGAAGUCCUGGACACCAACAGACAAAUGGCAAGGCAGAAGCAGCUGUCAAAGAGGCAAAACGACUUCUGCGAAAGGCCAAAGACACCAAAGGUGACCUUUACCUUGCAGUACUGGCGCAUAGAAACACCCCUACUGAGUCAAUGGGGACCAGUCCUGCCCAACGGUUACUUGGCCGGCGUUGUAAGACACAACUCCCGACAACCAAAGAGCUACUAAAGCCGCAGUGUGUACCAGCUGAAACAGUAAAGAGGAAGAUGCAGGCAAAGCAGGCAAGCUCUGUAUUACAACAGAGGAAUGCGUGA